AUAAUGGACACUAUUGUGAACUUAUAAAUUUUUCGCAAGUUGUGAAUAACAUUAGAAUGUUAUCCACUUUGUACUCUGUGACACACUAAAAAUUAGUUUAUAAUAAAAAGUAUUAUAAAUGUAUAGAAAUUAACAUUAAAGUUAGGGGAUAUCUAAGUUAUUUGAGAGUAGUAAAAUAGUUUAGUUGAAAUGGAUGUGUCGGCAUUGCAUGCACCUGUGGACUUUAAUAAGUCUUUGGAGGAAAUGUCCCCGGAGGAGAGAAUGCGUGCCGAACAUCAAUUGAUGCAUGAAAAGCACAAAGGGCAUGAGGCUAUGCAUUCAGAGAUGGUGCUUAUUCUUUUCAUUACUCUAAUUGUGGCACAGGUUAUUUUGGUGGAAUGGAAAAAACGUCAUUACAAAUCCUACUCGGCCAUUACACUGCUUGCCAUGUGGAUUAUACCGUUAGUGAUAUCGAUCUGUUACAAUUUCAUACGAUUUGUUAUCAUUUGGACAUUGUUUUCACUGUUAACAGCAUUUGUUAUCAAGAAAGCAGUUAGCAAACCAAUACAGCGCACAACUCCAAGAUUAGUGUACAAAUGGUUUUUACUAAUUUAUCAGAUUAGUUAUUUUUUGGGUAUUGGAGGCUAUAUUGUGAUGAUGGCUACAUUUGUAGGCUUCAAUUUUAUAUUUAAUCAAGGUCCUAAUGUUUGGAUGGACGCCGGGUUGAUGCUUGUAUUUUACGGUCUCUAUAUUGGUGUAUUAGGUCGCGACAUAUCGGAAAUUUGUUCUGAGAAAAUGGCGGUACACAUAGGGUAUUACACACCGCAAGGCAUACCGACUCGCCAUCUGGACAACAACGUCUGCGCAAUUUGCGGGAACCAACUGUUGGUUGGCGUGAAGGAAGAGGGUAUAUUUGAAAAUACAUAUAAGUUGUCCUGCAAUCACAUAUUUCACGAAUUCUGUAUUCGUGGCUGGUGCAUUGUGGGUAAAAAACAGACGUGUCCUUACUGUAAGGAAAAGGUUGAUCUGAAAAAGAUGUUUUGCAAUCCUUGGGAAAGACCGCAUGUACUUUAUGGACGUUUAUUAGAUUGGAUUAGAUGGCUGGUGGCUUGGCAACCACUUAUUUUCUUCAUUGUACAAGGCAUUAAUUGGGCAUUGGGCUUAGAAUAAAAUUCUCCUAGUCAAAAUAAAUCACAGCAAAAUAAAUUAAUUAAUACCACAACAAAAACUCGUUAGUGUAUUGUAGUAAUGGAGUAUUAGCAUGUAGUUCAGUUAGGGUCAUAUCGUCAUAUACUAGACUGGAA